AGUUAGAAAUGUCCAUUGUGCUUUCAGAAGCUAAAAUAGCUGAGCUCCCAAAGGGUUUUGCAUCUGAAAAGGCCACAAAUGGCAGAUAAUCGCGAUGCCAAACGCAAACGCGGCGACGUCGCUUCUUUCCCCAACGUCGCCGCCACUAACGGCGUCGACCUCGCCGUCUGGGCGGAGUUAGAGAAGCAGGAAAGCUCACUGGAAGCCUGGGACGCUCGAACCCUAAAGAAGCUGGUCCUCGCCUUCGAGCGCCGCCUCAAGGACAACAUCGCCGCCCGCCUUAAGUACCCUGACCAACCGGAGCGCUUCGCCGAUUCCGAAAUCGAACUCCACGACGAGCUCCAGAAGCUCAAAGGCCUCGCCAGCGCUCCGGAGCUCUACCCGGACCUCGUUUCCCUCAACACCGUUCCGUCCAUCCUCAACCUCCUCAGCCACGACAACACCGACAUCGCCAUCGACGUCGUCCAGCUCCUCCAGGACUUGACCGACGAGGACGCCGUCGACGAGAACGACGAGCCGGCGCGCGUCCUGGUCGACGCGCUCGUCGACAACAACGUCGUCGAGCUUCUGGUGCAGAAUCUGCUCCGGCUGAACGACUCCGACCCCGACGAGACGGCCGCCGUGUACGCCACGCUCGCGACGAUCGAGAAUCUGAUCGAGGUGAAGCCGGCGGCGGCGGAGCUGGUCUGCGAGAAGACGAAGCUGCUCAAGUGGCUGAUGAGCAAGAUCAAGGUGAAGGAGUUUGAUGGGAACAAGCAGUACGCCUCGGAGAUUCUGGCGAUUCUGUUGCAGAGUAGUGAGGCCAAUCAGAAGAGGCUGGGGCAGAUGAACGGCGUGGAUGUGCUGCUCCAGGCGGUGGCUAUGUACAAGAACAAGGACCCCAAGAGCCCCGACGAGGCGGAGAUGCUGGAGAAUCUGUUCAAUUGUUUGUGUGGAUUGUUGAUGCCUUUGGAGAACAGGGAGAAGUUUCUCAAGGCCGAAGGGGUGGAGUUGAUGAUUAUUAUAAUGAAGCAGAAGAAGUCUGCUUAUGGUUCCGCCAUAAGGGCUCUGGAUUUUGCAAUGACCAAGUACCCGCCGGCUUGUGAGCGUUUUGUUGAUGUCUUGGGGUUGAAGACGGCCUUUGCAGCUUUUAUGGGUAAGGUACCCAUCAAUAAGAAUGAAAAGAAAGAAAGGUAUCAUGAGGAAUUGGAGGAGCGCAUUGUGUCACUAAUUGCAUCAUUAUUUGGUGGAAUUACGAGGGGUUCCAGAAGGGAGAGACUGUUGAGCAAGUUUGUGGAAAAUGAGUGUGAAAAGAUAGACCGGCUUAUGGAACUUUAUAUGAGAUAUUCAAAUAGAGUUACAGCAGAAACUGACCGAAUUGCCCAGCUUGAUCUUGAUGAUUUAGAGAUGGAUGAAGAGGAAAUAUACAUUCGGAAGCUUGAAGCUGGCCUUUAUAGCCUUCAGUUGAUUGCUAUAAUUCUGGGUCAUCUUUGGUGCUCCGAGCAUCUGCAAUUGAGACGAAGAAUUGAGCUACUUCUCAAUCAGCAAAGGCUUACUAAGAAGGAUGUUCAAGCUAUACUUCAGGAGUAUCAUGACAACAUCGGUGAUACGGAAGGAGCGGAAGAGAAAGAGCGAUCACAGGCUAAGAUACAAAAGUUCAUCUCAAGCUUUUGACUGAUCGAAUGCUUCCCUUUUCGGCUGUGGGGAAGUUGAUAGUGCUGAGUAGAAGUAGAUGGUGAGUAGAGAACUGUUGAUGUAUAUUUUGCGAUGUACAACAAUUUUUGGGUUUCAUGCUGCAAAAGUAGAACCAUUACCAGAGAACUGUGAUUAAGCGGAGCAGAACAGCAUAUUGGCAAACUGGCGAAACACAUCUGAUCUAUAAGUCAUUCACUUGAUAACAUUUA